AUGGAAGAAAAUUUAUUAAAUGAACUUGAAAAUUUUACAUCUGUUAAAUAUCUUGAUGAUGUAACUAAUAAUAAUAAUUGUUGUAAUGAUGAUGAUCAAGACAAUUCACUUGUUCAUCAAUUAGCUAUUAAAGAUCGACAAUUAAUUUUAGCAGCAAAAUGUGGAAAAGUAUUAUUAGAAGAAAAAGAUGAACUCGAACGACAAAUAGAAAUAAUCAAUCGAGAUUAUCAACAACAAAUUGAUGUACUUGAACAAGAACGAUAUGAAUUACGUUUACUUCUUGAACAAGUACAAAGUGAGUGUGAUACAAAAAUAAUCGAAUCCAAUGAAGAUAAGUGUGAAUUACGUCGUCAAUUAAAUGAUCUACGUCGUGAACAACGAAUACAUGAUGAACAACAAACGCAAACAGUACAAGAAUUAGCAGAAAUCAAUCUUAAACUUACGCAAGAUUUACAAAUCGGUCGUACAAAUGAAUCAAGAUUACAAGAACAAUUACGAGUACUACGACAACAAGCUGAUACUGCACGUCAAACAAAUACAGAGCAAAUACAAGAAUUAUCAAAAAUAAAACAACAGUUUGAUAAUCUUCAUUGUCAAUAUAUUCAACUUGAACUUGAUCAUCAUUUAUUACUUGAUGAACAUGAUACAUUAGUACAUAAACUUGAUGAAUAUCAACGAAAAUAUAUUUCAAUUGAAGAUGAAUGUCGUUCAUUACAAGAUAUGAAAUUUCAAAAUGAAAAAGAAUUGAAUGAUGCACAUGAUUUAAUUCAACGUUUAUCACAAUAUAAUCCAGAAAACCGUGUAGCAACAUCUUUUAUGCAAGAAUUACAUGAUGAUUUUGGUGUAUGUCCUGAUGGAAAUACUCGAUUUAAUUCAACCGUUAUUGAUGAUGAUGAUGAUGAUAAUAAUAAUAAUAUAGAAGAACAUGAAGAUUGUCAUAUGGAUGAUGAUAAUGAUGUUGAAAUAUCACAAACACAUAACACAUCAUCAAUCAAUGAAAAAUGUCUUCUAGAUGAAUUUCUUCAAACGGAAGAGUUUAAACGUGAAAUUGUUCUUGUCUAUAAACAAUUAUGUUCUCUUUGUUUGGAAUUAAUUUAUAUUCAUACACAUACAUAUUCAAGUAAUAUGUCAACAUCAUCAUCAAUUAGUGAUACAGUUGAUAAAGUUUAUGAUCGUUUAAAAAAUGGUUGUCUUAUAAGUAUAUUAUUUGAAUUAAAAAAUUUAAUUAAAGAUAUGAUUGAACAUGAAGAUAUGAUUGUAUAUAAAAAUGAAAAUAAUAUUUUACCAAAUAGUACAAAUACAAUAUUACCAUCACCAUCAAUAGCAACUAUAAAUAGUUAUACAUCAGCGUAUGAUGAUGUGGAUUUAUUAAUUGUACCUUCAACUACUCCGCCAGUGUAA